UUUGUUGAUAGUCGAUUGACGGCAUUCAACGGUUGUCGGGAGAUUUUGGUGCUGGUGACAUCAAGCACUCAACAUGGCCUGUGUCGGGCCCGACGAAAGUAUAACAACACCCAAGGAAGUGAUUAGUGGCGUUCCAAAUUUCGGGUGGAGAGUUAAAUUGAGCCAUGAGUGCAAAGUAAAAUGUGCCCCUUUUUCUCUACCCCGCCUUAAUCAGAUCCCACAGUAUGCCGGCCUGAGUUUGAGGUAUUUCCGAUUUUGGCUUGGUAAAAAGAGGCAAGGUCGGCAGCCAUUCAUUGAUCAUCUAAACCAGAUGAGCCACAAAUCUAUUUAUGGCUGUCCCAUAGGAGGCAUAGGAUGCGGCACCAUUGGACGAGGAUAUCGAGGAGAAUUUUGUCGUUUUCAGAUAGCUCCAGGUAUCUACCACUACAAAGAAGUUGAAGCAGAUCAAUUCAUUUUGACACUACGCCGCAGCAACAAGACUGUUUACCAGCAAGUAUUAUCAUCACACAAGAAGAAAGGGAAGGCUCUGAAAGCAUGGAAAUGGGGUUUCCCUCGUGACAAAGCCAUCUAUCAUGCUUUAUAUCCAAGAGCAUGGACAGUUUAUGAAAUCCCUGAGGAGCACAUAAGACUGACAUGUCGCCAGAUCUCACCUAUCUACCCACAUGAGUAUCAGGAAACAAGCUUGCCUGUAGCAGUGUUUGUUUGGGAGAUUGAAAAUCUUGGUAAGGAGGAGGUAGAAGCAAGCAUCACCUUCACUUUCAAAAAUGGUCAAGGUAUCAAAGGAGAUCAAGCAGGUGGAUGUUGGAAUACUCCCUUUUUGUGCCAGUACAGCGAGGAAGCUGACAACAGCAGCACAGUGAAGGGGAAUGGUGGCGGGGCCUUUGCUCAUGGUGUUACUAUUCAUCAAACAAUCAGUGGCCUUCCUUGCACUUAUAAUGUUGCUGCUGCCUGUAAGCCAGGGGUAAAAGUAACACAUCACACAGCCUUUGACCCUAAUGGUUCUGGACAUAACAUCUGGAACAACCUCUGCAAUAAUGGUUGUCUUGGCAGUUCACAAGCAGAGGAGACGCCAAAAACAAGUGCAGGACAAGAGAUAGCUGUUGCUGUGUGUGCUGGAAGGCAUAUAGCACCUGGGACCUGUGGUCAACUGGAUUUCUGUCUUGCCUGGGACAUGCCAGUUGUACAGUUCAGUGCUGCUGAAAAUAAAUACACCAGGCGAUAUGCUCGAUGGUUUGGUGCCUCGGGUAAUGCAGGACCCAGACUGUGUGCACAUGCUCUGACAUGGUACCCUGAUUGGGAGCAAAAGAUUGAAGAUUGGCAGAAUCCAAUUCUAGAGAACAAAAAUUUACCAGCAUGGUAUAAAUCAGCUCUGUUCAAUGAGUUGUACUUUGUAAGUGAUGGUGGCACAGUCUGGUUAGAUCCAGUUGAAGGAUAUGCAAAAGCAUCACCUCAUGCUCUUGUGCAAGACUACAGCAAAUUUGCUUAUCUGGAAGGUCAUGAAUAUAGAAUGUACAACACAUACGAUGUGCAUCACUAUGCGUCAUUCGCUCUGAUCAUGCUGUGGCCAAAACUUCAACUUUCUCUGCAGUAUGAUUUUGCUGACACUGUGAUUGAUGAGGAUCCAAGCAGAACAAGGUACCUAAUGAGUGGUGAGACAGGAGUGAGGAAAGCAGCCAAUACAGUGCCUCAUGAUGUGGGAGACCCAGAAGAUGAGCCUUAAAAGGUGAAUGCAUACAUUAUCCAUCCUACAUACGACUGGAAGGACCUGAAUCUCAAGUAUGUUCUUCAGUGUUACAGAGAUUACAGUGCUGUCCAGGACAAACAGUUCUUGGCAGACAUCUAUCCCAGCUGCAAGGCAGUGGUGGAGAAAGCCAUGACUUGGGAUCGUGACGGGGAUGGAUUGAUUGAGAACAGCGGCUUUGCUGAUCAGACAUUUGAUGCUUGGGUCAUGUCAGGUGCCAGUGCCUACUGUGCGGGAAUGUGGCUGGCUGCCCUGCGCAUGCAGAUUGAAAUGGCAGCUGUCCUGGGUCUGCAGGAAGACAGGGAUCGCUAUGCUGAUGUUCUCAACCGAGGCAAAGAGGCUUUUAACAAAAAGCUGUGGAAUGGUCGUUACUAUGACUAUGAUACCAGUAACAGCGGACAUCAUGAUAGCAUUAUGGCAGACCAGCUGGCUGGGCACUGGUUCUUGAAAGCAUCUGGACUUGAAGAUGACUCUGUAUUUCCCCCAAAUCAUGUGACAACAGCUCUUAGAACUAUCUAUGAGAACAAUGUGCUAAAGUUUGGCAAUGGCAACAUGGGUGCUAUCAAUGGAACAACACCAGCAGGCAUCAAGGAUCUGAGUUCUCCUCAGUCUGAAGAGUUCUGGACUGGCAUCACAUAUGCUUUAGCAGCCAACAUGAUACAAAUGGGUAUGACUGAGGAAGGUUUUCAGACUGCAUGGGGCUCCUACCAUGUUUGCUGGGAGUGGCUGGGCUUGCAGUUCCAAACCCCUGAGGCAUACACCACUAAUUGCUCUUACCGCUCCUUGGGCUACAUGCGACCGCUUGCUAUCUGGGCCAUGCAGUGGGCCCUGGAGAAGUUUAACCCUCAUUGCUUGAGUACUGGUGACACAUGUAGUGAUAAAAGAGAAUUGUCUGGGACAGUUUGAUAAAUGUGACACUUAGGUGCUCAAGAUUCAUUUGUUCAUAUUCUUAUUUUUGUGAACUGAACUUACAGCAGGGUCAGUUGACCCAACAAACAAGGACAUUGGAAUUCCAGUUGUAAAGAUGGUUCUCCCUUUUCAAAUAUUGUACAGAAUAUGCAUUUUCUUCCUUGUAACUUUGCUAAGAUGUUUGAACUUUGUUCACAGAUUUAAUCAUUCAAGGCAUAAUACUUUCAAGAUAUAUGUUUUACUUUUCCAACCUUCAAAACAAAAACCUUACCGAAAAGAUUUUUACCACUUAGUAAUAUGGACAUAAAGUUUUGUCAUAACUGACACCAGUUUGGCUAGUUAAUCUGAUCGUACAUUUGCCCCACCAUAGUUUGUCAUUUGUCCAUAACAGCAAACUUGAUCACUGAUCUCUGCAUAUUUCAAUAAAACUUCACCUUGCUGUGGUCAGUUUUUGAGAUGCCAUUGCCACGAGACAUAUACAGAAGAAUCCAUGAAUAGAUUUGAAUUGGGGAUGUUUAACUUUGCAAAGUAUCAGAAGGUAUUCAGUUAGAUGCUCAUAGGGUGUCUGUUAAUAUCUACAAACCCUUCAAGUGGUAUCAGAAAGAUUUUUAGAUGCCCUGAGGUGUACCUUGUUGUAUAAUCUUAUUUUCUACAUACUUUAAUAAAAUAUGUUUAUGGAUAGAGAUUUUUUUUUUUAUUCGUGGUUUAUUCACGUAGGAUGUGGUCUGCUUAUUUGCCUCUUCAAAAAGUAAGAUCUCACCUCAGUCCUCCAUGACCUGAAAAGGUUAGGGGAUGACCUUUACCAUUUUUUAUUGUUUGGUACUUAGAUGUCCUUUAUUUUUUAUAUUUUUUUCACCUUUCAGGCUUGAUAAUUUUCACCAGAUGUUUGUUGGCAGGAAAUAUUUCUUUCCACGUAUGCCAUUUGUCUUAUGAUACCCAGAUGUUAAAUUAUACCUGAACUCUUCAUCUUCACCCAAAAGUUGACUUUGAUUGUUGAAAUGGCUGCUUAGUCCCUGCUUGCUGAAAAAUCCUAUUUCACUUUAAGAUGCUUGAUCUUUAGUUAAUCUGAUGUUCAUGAUGGCAAAAGGAAUCAGAAUAUUGGCACUAGGUAUAACACAAAAGAAGGCAUUCACCUUUUUCUGAAGAUAUCCUGGUAAGCUUCUCCCUCUUCCUGGUUAUGACUGAUAAUAAUAGUUAAUUUAUGUAAUGGUUUACCUCACUAAUAAAUGCUAGCUUAAAGCGCUUUACAAAAAGUGAAAACAUACAGACAUAAUAAUAAUAAUGGAAGCUGGUCUUAAAGCAAAAAAUUCAUUGCAUACCCAGUUAGUGUAUCUACUCAUAUGAAGAAGGUGAAUGCAAUCAACAUAGAUGUGGUCUGCAGCCUUGGAAUCUUUGAUGUCAAUAAAGCUCUGCUUCGAAAAGUAGCUGAAAGUUAUGAUGUUUGUAUGGAAAGUCAACUCAUGCUCUUUGAUGCAGUGGCCUAACUUUUGCAGUCAGAAGUAUCAUUUCAUCAAAAUCUCUUGUUAGAGCAUCAUACAAACAGUCAUUGCCAUCAGCCUUAGAUGUUUAAUCUUUUGUUAUAUCAAUAGUAGGUUCCACAGCUAGUAGUAAUAUUAGUUACAUCUGCAGUAGGUUCCACAAUUAGAAGUAAAAUUUUGAGAAUGGUUGAAGUCCUUUUCUGGAGUGCUAAGAAUUCAAGCUUACUCAGACUUUGUGGUCUUUCUCAGAUGAUUUUAUAAUAGAAUUAACAUAUUUUGUCAACAGUAAAUAAAACAGUCCUUCAUUUUAAGGCAAAAGCUAUUUUUUUCUAGCAAUAUACAUUUAUAGGACUAUCAGUGAUAUUAAAAGCAAUCACAAUAUUAUGUGUUGAGGGAGAAUACUAUUUUCAUUUUAAAUUAUAAAACAGAAGAAAGGAGUUUAAGUCAUAACACUGAAGUGUCUCUUUGUUUUAUUCUGAAAUUUUAACUUGUUUGUUUAGGUUUAUUGUGUUGGAGACAUUUUUGAUGUGGAAAUGAGGCUGACCUGACAGAGUUGCUUUGUUCUCCACCAAUUUUUCUGCUUUUUUGUUUAUUCGUAUUAUAGAUUUCUUUUUAUUGCAUGUUGUGUUCUUGGUUCCCUCAAGCUUUAUUUUGUUUUUUCAUAUACUGCUUGUAAUAGCCCUAUUUUCUGUUUGUUGUCGAUUUUACUUUAAUGGCUGCCCUUCUUCGCCGUUAUAUGCAUGUUACACCUAAUUCUUGUUGCUCAUCUUGUUUCCUCUUCUCUGAAACUUAGCACAGCUUUACGUCCUCUCCAACCUGUUGUCGAACCGAGUAUUGUCUGUUAUAUGAGAAUAAGACUAUGUGGUUGUUGGUGAAUUAGCUUACUUCUGUAUAUCAUUUCUGUACAGCGCUUUGAGAAAAUUGUUUGAAAAGCACUCUAUAAAUGUUCAUUAUUGUUAUUAUUUUUAAGCCAAGAGUAAAUUAAGUUCCAGUUCAUUAAUUUAUUUUUGUAAAUUGCCAUUCCAAGAUUUCCUUGUUUGCUUUGCGGCUUUCUCUCUGUUUAACAAAAAAUUAUUUCUACCAUGCAACAACAAACAAUUCACUUGUUUUUAAUGUAGUUUUGGUUUUGUGAUAUGCUGUCUGCUUCAUGACAGGUGUAUGUAACAUGCAAACAAUAUUUACUGUCACUGACGUCCUCCACAAAAUGUGUUUCUUUUUUCUUUCUUUUUUUUUUAAGCUUUAUACCAUGAUUGUAAACUCCUUUUUAAAUACCAGCCAAGGUACCCUACUUCGCUUGUGCUGUUUUCCGCUGGGAUUUCAUUGACAACUUUGGAUAUAUCACUCAUUUGAUUGUAGCUAAAUAUGAAACAUUUGUUCUCUUAAUGCCCCUUGUCAAGCUGACAGCUCAUGUUCAACAAAUGGUGCACUUUCUAAGUGAAAGAGCGGAGAAAAAUAUCACCAUGUUGCCAGCGUCUCUCUCCCUCGCCCAUCCCUCGCUGUCUCUCCAGCUUUAUCAUAUGCUCGCUUCCUUCCUCCUCUCUCCCUGCAACUCAUUGAAUGAUGUCUCAAUUACAGUGUCAAAAUAUGCUUUGUGCAGACGUGUGUUGAAAUUUCUUCUUCCUUAUAGUAGGUUUUUAUUUGAAGCCACUGGUAACAUAAAAAGAGUGAAAAAUAAACCAUCCUCUGAAGCAAUGUA